AUGGAAGAAUUUACAGACAACCACCUUGAUCGGCAGCUGCACACCAUCAGUCCUGAACAAUGUUUCGUGCGCCAACUCAUAAAUCCUAUUCGGUUUUCCCGCACCCUGAUCCAGCUGGGCUACGAACCCCUUCCUCCCUACCGUUCUCUUCAUCCACUAACACUAUUUGGUUGGACGAAACCCCUAUAUUUUUAUCCGAAUAUGUUUGCCUACGCCCGGUAUCUGUUUCAUCAAAGGGGUUUCUGGUAUGUAAUGACCACUGGCUUUCAGGCCCGCUUUUUUUACGAUCUUCUCACGGACGCCUGUCAGUUUAUGAAUCGCCGCUUUCUGCUAGAACACAGUAGGGAUUCCCUUCCGCCGCCCUCCAAUUUGGAUUCUUUUGUCUUUACUGACCCUAACCCGACCGAAGAGGAGGAGGACUCGCCUGCAAAGCGAUGGCAUGGUCUUGUGGAGAAUAUAAUGGAAGAGGCCACCUUAUGGAAGUUUGGAGUUCACCUAUCCGGCCUGCUGACUAUGAAGGCGUACGAAAUCAUUCUGACACAACCUUUUUAUGUGAUUAUGGUACGACAAAUGGCCAGCUUUGUCGGUGAGGAGAGCGGUUACAAUUGGUUCCAUCAGGCAGUUUGGACUAUAUACAAGGAAAGCGGCCUCACAGGAUUCUUUCAGGUGAGUUCUUGA